GUUACCUUGGGAAAGUACGUCAUACACUUUUUGAGCCUUUGGGUGGGGGCAAUCAGUGCAUCUAAAAACAGCACAAUUUUCAAAAUUUAAACUACAUUUACGAGCAAAAGGAUUUGUCCUCUGUGUGAAGCGAUACUACGUAAUUCCCCCUCUUCGCUUUGUUUUUGACGUCGUCACCGUUAUUGUCCAGCAGUCAUCAGCCGACCGUCCGGUGUACAUUUCAGGGGUAUCUGUCCUGGAGUGCUUCUGCUGUCUCACUCGCACUCAAUGAAUGCAAAACAGUGUGAAGAGUCUUUUUUGCCAAGCUUGAGGUAGCUGAUUUUGUGGUUUCGUCUGGAAAAGUUCGUAUGAAGUAGUAGCUGUUGGAAGUUAGUGGGGGAGGAACCAUGGGUUGGGGAAUAGCUUUGCACGGAGGCGCUGGAGACAUUUCAAAGGAUUUGCCUCGAGCACGAAAGGAAGCUGUGGAGGCGUGCCUUGCGCAAUGCCUUCGCCUGGGAGUUUCCGCUCUUGAAUCGUCUCAUGCCGCUCUAGACGUGGCCGAGCUUGUGGUGAAGGAGCUAGAGGCAAAUCCGGUCUUCAAUGCAGGGCGGGGUUCGGUGUUAACAACUGAUGGAACUGUGGAAAUGGAGGCAUGUAUUAUGGAUGGUCCAACAAUGAAUUGCGGAGCAGUUUCAGGACUUUCAACUGUUGUACACCCAAUAAGCUUGGCUCGUCUGGUUAUGGAAAGGACUCCUCACAUUUAUCUUGCAUUCGAAGGAGCUGAAGCAUUUGCUAGGCAGCAGGGAUUAGAAACCAAGGAACCUAGUUACUUUAUCACGAAAGAGAACCAGGAGCGGCUUGCACGAGCUCAAGAAAAGAGCUUGGUUCAGUUAGAUCACACCGUAUAUUCUACCACAAUUAUAGUAGCUCAUAACCAAGACAAUCCAGGACAAAAAAAGAACGUAAAGCAAGAUAUCCUGCCGCCCACAGAUCCUCAAAAGCCUGAGUUCGAGACUGUGGGAUGCGUUGUUGUGGAUAGCAAAGGCAACUGUGUCGCUGCUACGUCUACUGGGGGACUGGUCAACAAAAUGGUUGGUCGAAUUGGGGAUACACCAGUUGUGGGUGCGGGGAACUACGCCAAUCAUCUUUGUGCCGUCUCAGCGACUGGAAGGGGUGAAGCUAUUAUUAGGGCCACUGUGGCGCGAGAGGUGGCAGCCAUUAUGGAGUACAAGAAAGUGCCAUUGGAUGUGGCUGUGGAAGAAGUUAUUGGACAGCGUCUUCCGGCAGGAAAGGGUGGCCUUGUGGCUGUCUCAGCUACUGGAGAUGUGGUGAUGGCUUUCAACACCACAGGCAUGUAUCGAGCAAGCAUGAAGCAAGGAGGGACCCAGGAAAUAGGCAUCUGGCACUAGUUUCCAUCCCAUUAUGUGACCGGGACGUAUCUCAAUAACACGAAGAGCCUGUGCAUGCGGCGCCACCUGAUGCAGCAAGCUCAGUGAGUGCAUUUACUCCUAUUCUGGGUCAGCAUCACUACACAAUCUAUUGCAACAUCGUUAUCUCCAGGCUGUUCAAUGAGACUGGAAUGUUGGCUUGUUUCGUUCCCACGUACUUUUGUGAAUGUGAAAUAAAUUGUGAUUCGUAUCGUCGCUGUGCUCUUGAGGAGGCAAGCUACAUGCCUUGCUCUCGAUUGACUUUGAAGUGCAUGUGUAGUACUUUGAAGCGCAUUAAUGCUGGCCAUCAGCUAUUAUCAUUUCUAUUUGAGAAUCUUGUGAACUCUUUUCAUUCCUGUAAUCUGUAGCUCCAUCAAAUUUAUGAUCUUUCUUAGUACAUAUGUAUACAGACAUACAUAUAUACAUACAGGAUAUUGCUAAUAUCUUCAUGGUU